AUGGCCGCCGGAGCAGCAGAGGGGUUUCUCCGCCGCAUCUUCGAGGGAUGCAUCUCCGCCUCGUUCUCCGGCAUCGACCGGCGGCCGUACCACCGCGACUGCAAGUGCGCCUUGCACUGCCGCAGGCCACGGCAGCGCUGCUCGCCGCCCUCCGCUGUCUCGUACCCGGUUCACCACCGUCGCUGCCAUGGCCAUGGCCUCCGCUUAGCAACCAGCUCCUUGUCCAGCCGCCGCCAACACCACCAACGCGCUUGUGGAGAGGCUCCUCCUAAACUUGAGUCGACCGCUAAGUCGAUACAACUCGAUCAAGUUGAGCAAGUAGUCACCGUGAUUUACCUCCUCUGUGUUGGUCCUGGGCAGGCUGGCGGGGGCAUUGGGGGAAAGCGUAUUCGUCUUUGA